AUGCUUGUUGGAGAAAUUCCAAGCUCUCUUAGCAACUUGAUUGAACUCAAGUUCCUGCACUUGAAUAAUAACAAUUUACAAGGGCAUCUUCCAUCAUCACUGCAAAAAUGCACUCAGCUAUUGGUUGUUGAUCUCGGCGAUAAUAAAUUUUCUGGAAAUAUACCUUCGUGUAUUGGGAAAAAUUGGCUAAACUUGCGUAUUCUUCGAUUGAGCUCAAAUACGUUCAAUGGCAAUAUUGACCCACAACUUGGGUAUUUGAAGGAAAUCAUUGACUUUGCAAAUAACAAAUUAUCAGGGUCAAUAUCAUGUUCCUUUGGAAAUUUCAGCACAAUGAUUUUAACAUCAGAUAAACAACUUCCUUCCUUUGAAGUACUAGAAAUGUGGGACACAUACCCAAUUUAUAGCAGAAGUGAAAGUAUUACUUUAAUCACAAAAGGAGAUCAGCUUACUUUUUCUUCAAUUCUUUAUCUUGUGAAGAGUAUAGACCUUUCAAACAAUGAAUUGAUAGAUGAGAUUCCUGAAGAAUUCGGAUAUCUUGCUGGACUUCACACAUUGAAUUUAUCACGAAACUAUUUCAAAGACAAGAUCCCAGAUAGCAUUGGCAAAAUGAGUUCAUUAGAAACUCUAGAUUUAUCAUUUAAUAAUUUAUCAGGGGCUAUUCCUCAAAGCUUAUCACAACUAAAUGCUUUGAAUGAUUUGAACUUGUCUUAUAACAACCUAUCUGGAAGCAUUCCCUCCGGGAAUCAACUUCAAACAUUAGAUUAUGCAUCCAUUUAUAUUGGUAAUCCUUAUCUUUGUGGAGACUUGGUAAACAAGAGUUGCUUUCAUGGGAACAACACCAAUGCGAUAAGCAAGAAGCAUGCAAUGUUAUCGCCAAUGUUAUCAAUCUAUCUCAGUAGCACACUUGGAUAUUUUAUUGGAUUGUGGAGUGUAUUUAUCCUUCUACUAUUCAAGAAAAAAUGGAGGUACUCUUACUUUAAGAAGGUCGAUAAAAUUUAUGAUAAAGUUUAUGUGACAAUCAAGAUAAGAUUGAAUAGAAUAGUGAUUGGAUAG